CGAUACCCUUUAAACAUGUGGUGCGCGCUCCCGCGGACGGCAGUCAGUUUUCGGCAGACGAUCAGUUUUCGGCACGACACCGGCGCUGCUUCAAAGUCAAUAGCGGGACUGAUGAUGACAGACGGCAAUUAUGAUCACGCGAUCGAUCUGCUUCAGAACCGGUUCGGAAGAAAGGAUCUGCUCAUUAACACGCAUAUGACUAAGUUGCUGAAUCUCUGCCCAGUAAAGAAAUCACAUGAUGUCGCUGCUCUGAGACAGCUUUACGAUGAAUGUGAAGUGCAGAUCCGUAGCUUAGAAUCGCUGGGUGUCGUUUCAGAGGCAUAUGGCAGCCUGUUAUGUCCUGUUCUGCUACAGAUGAUUCCAGAUGACAUUGCUCUCCAGUACAGCCGUCAAAGAGGAACCAGUGAUGAAUGGAAGGUCUCAGAAGUUAUGGAAUUUCUGCAGCAAGAGAUUCUGAGCAGAGAAAGAGCCAUGCAACUGAUUAAGCCAGGUAAUUCCAAAGACAGUCAGAGCUAUCACAAACCAUUUAAAAGGCCAGACACAUCAAUUGAAAUGAAGCAGAAGAAGCAUCACAUGCCGUCAGCUGCAGUACUGCAAACCACCAGUCAAAGAAUACCGAACUGCCUGUUCUGUAACAGUGCAGCACACAAAACAGAACUGUGUCCAGAAACUGACAUUGCUGCACGGAAAGAAAAAUUAAUGAAAAUGGGACGAUGCUUUGUUUGUCUUGGGCCAAAGCACAUUGCAAGAUUCUGUAAGGCCAAAGUGUGCUGUAAUGCGUGUGGAGGCAGACAUCAUAGUGCUGUGUGUGAGAAAAGAGAAACGCACAUUUCAGAUGCUGACGACAAAGACGAUGUAGUUUCUUCUUUUGCUUCACAUUCUGUUAAGAUACAGCCCACUAAACAGAACAACACUGUGCUGCUUCAGACUGUAAGAGCAUGGGCAGAUGGACCUGGUGGACGUAAAAGCAUUCGUUGCUUACUGGAUGGUGGCAGUCAGAGAAGCUUCAUCAGUGAAAACACAGCAAGAGCUUUGAAAUUACCUGUGAUUAAACAAGAAACGUUCACUCUGCAUACUUUUGGCUCAGCAGCACCAAUAACAUCAAGGCGCAACACAGUGAAAGUAAUUCUGCAGAGCAUCUGGGACAAAGAGCAGAAAGUUGAAGUAGAAGCGCUCGAGACCCCCCAAGUAUGCACCGCUGUGAUGAAAAUUCCAGGUGAGCACGUCCAAGCAGAGUUGAAACGAAAGGGCUUGCAGUUGGCAGACUACCCAGACCCCAGCACUUGUGAUACAGGGUUGUCAAUGCUGAUUGGUGCAGACUAUUAUUGGAGUAUAGUAUCAGGCCACGUAGAAAGAAUCACAGAUGCACUUGUGGCCAUUGAAAGCAUUUUUGGAUGGUCAGUGCAGGGCCCAGUCACAAUGUCCAGUGUUUCUGAUGCAGCAUGCUUGCACCUACAAAUUAAUGAAGACACACUGGUCUCAGAACGUCUGAAGGCCUUCUGGGAAAUCGAGUCCCUUGGCAUCAACAUGAAGCAGACAGACAGUCCUGAAGAGGAGGAGGCUCUUCACCUGUUUGAAAAGACAACUCGGUACAAAGAUGGUCGAUAUGAAGUGGAGCUGCCAUGGCGACCUGACAAACCAGAACUCCCAGAUAACUACAGAAUUGCAAAGAAAAGAUUUGAAGGACUUAAAAGAAAGUUGCAGUCAGAUGUAAUGCUGUAUCACAGAUACAAUGAAGUUGUGAAUGAUUACCUUGAGCAGGGCAUCGUCGAAGACGUGGUGGAGGGCAGGUUGUCUCCAAAUGCUGUGAAGUACUACAUGCCUCAUCAUGCUGUUCUGCGGGAAGACAAGGUAACCACAAAGCUCAGAGUAGUGUUUGAUGCCUCAUCACAUGACAUUAGCUCUCCAUCACUAAAUGACUGUUUACUUACUGGUCCUAACCUGCAUCCAGAUCUGCUUAGCAUACUGAUAAAAUUCAGACUGAAUGAGAUAGCAUUUACCGCAGACAUCAAGAAGGCUUUCUUGCAGAUUUCUCUUGCUGAGAAGGACAGAGAUGCAGUAAGGUUCCUCUGGCUUACUGCACCACCCCAUGAAGAUGCAGGUGAGAAGCUGCGUGUGCUUCGGAUGACGAGAGUGGUGUUUGGAGUGUCCCCCAGCCCAUUCCUUCUGGCAGCUACAGUGAGAAAGCAUCUGAAGGGAUAUGAAGCCCAACUACCCGAGGUAGUAAAGAUAAUAAAAGAAUCACUUUAUGUUGAUGACUUCAUCUCAAGUGCAAGUGAUGUUGAAAAUGCCUUCUCCAUAACUACUGGUGCAAGAAAGAUUAUGUCUGCAGCUGGCAUGGAUCUUUGCAAGUGGACGACCAACUGUGCUGCAUUGAAGGAGAAAUGGAAGACGACAGUGAGUGAACUCGCAGAGGAGACAGAAACGCAUGGAUCUGUGUUGAAGGUACUAGGCUUGGUAUGGAGAACUAAAACAGAUGAUUUCGUCUUUGAUCUGACUGCAUUGCUGGAUGCUGUAGCUAAAAGAGAAAAUACCAAGAGAAGUGUUCUAAAGCUCUCUGCUCGCAUAUUCGACCCAAUAGGCUUUCUUACCCCAUUCACUGUGCGAGUGAAAUGCCUUUUCCAAGAGAUGUGGAUACGAGGCCUUGGCUGGGACGAGCAGCUGCCCACAGAUCUUGCACAAGAAUGGCAAGGAUGGUGUUCAGAACUUCCACAGAUCCACCACAUCAUCAUUCCUCGCUGGUAUGGAAUAAGAAUCUGAGCACAGACACGAUGCCAACAACUCCACGUGUUCUGCGAUGCAAGCGAGAAAGCUUACAGUACUGUUGCCUACCUGCUGCGAGUAGCUGAUGAUGGAACAAAGACCACAUGCCUUGUUGCUUCAAAGUCCAGGGUAGCCCCCCUGAAGAAGAUAUCACUGCCUCGUCUUGAGCUCAUGGGAGCAGUGAUUGGAGCAAGACUAGGAACCAGCCUGUUAAAGCCUUUGAAUGUGGAGCUCCAUCAAGUUCACAUGUGGACAGAUUCGAUGAUUGUUCUGCAGUGGAUUCGCAGUCCAGCUCACAAAUGGAAACAGUUUGUGUCAAACAGAGUAUCUGAAAUCCAGUCACUAACCAACCCUGCAAUGUGGUCUCACUGUAAAGGCAAGUUCAAUCCAGCUGACCUCCCCACUAGAGGUCAGACUGCAGCUAAACUGAAGGAAAGUGAACUCUGGUGGAAGGGACCUUCAUUUCUGACCUCACCAAAUCUGUUGGAAGAGAGCGAUGAAGAACAAAGUAAUGAAGAUGUCACUAAUGAGCAAAAGCAAGAUCAGCAAAUCAUCGUGCAACUCAGUAGCAGCAGUGACCAAGAGGGAAUGGAACCUGUGCUUGAUUUAAUGAAGUACAGCAAACUGAAGACAGUAUUGCGAGUCACUGCGUGGAUCAAACGGUUUGUGCACAAUGCAAGUUCAAGCUCCAAGAGAUGCGGGGAGUUGACUGUCAGUGAAAUGUUUGACGCUGAGAAGUACUGGAUAAAAGUGACUCAAGAUGGCAGCUUUAGCCAUGAAAUCAAUUUGCUGAAAGCUGGUAAAACCCUGAACUCUGAUUCAAAAAUCAGAGACCUAAAACCAUUCCUUGACGAAGAUGAAUUGCUCUGUGUUGGAGGCAGACUGCAACAGUCAGACUUUAGUUACAGAGAGAAACAUCCAUGGAUUCUUCCCAGCAAAGACCGAUAUUGUGAGCUGCUGGUUCAGCACAACCAUGAAUUUAUCAUGCAUUCCGGUCUGAGAGACACGCUAGUACAAAUUAGAAGUAGACACUGGAUUUUGCGAGGCAGACAAAUUGUGAAGAGUAUUCUGUCCAAAUGUUCUGUGUGCAAAAGAUUCAAGGCAAAGCCCGCACAGCAGGACACUGCUCCAUUACCACGAGACAGAUUAACAGAAAGCCCUCCAUUUGAAGUAACUGGUGUAGACUUUGCAGGUCCACUGUAUGUGAAGAGUGAUCGUGUGCAAUGCAAGGCUUAUGUUGCUCUGUUCACAUGUGCCGUCACUAGAGCAGUGCAUUUGGAGCUGGUUUCAAGUCAGUCAACUGAAAGUUUCUUGUUAGCACUCAAACGAUUUGUUUCCAGAAGAGGACUGUGCAGAGUCAUUUAUUCAGACAAUGCUAAAACCUUUAAAAGAGCAAAUCAAGACCUUAGCGAGCUGUGGCAAGCUAUCAAAGAUCCACAGCUGCUGGAAUACUUCUCAGGGAAGGGCAUCACCUGGCGUUUCAUUGUGGAACGAGCAGCCUGGUGGGGUGGAUUUUGGGAGAGGCUUGUAAGGUCUGUGAAAACAUGCCUGAGGAAGGUGCUAGGAAGAGCAUCACUCACCUUUGAAGAAAUGUCUACACUCCUCUCAGAAGUAGAGGCCACACUGAAUUCUAGACCCCUUACCUUUGUCCACAAUGAGCUCGAUGAGCCACAACCACUAACACCUGCACACUUCUUGGUUGGUGAGCGACUUACUUCACUGCCCCCAAAACCAUUUCCAGCAGACCAUGAUCAUCCCACUGUCAGUAAAGAAGACAUGACAAAACGGUGGAGAUACAGGAACCUGACUCAUGACCAAUCUCUGGAAUCGCUGGAGAAAGGACUAUCUACUGGACCUGAAAUCUGCGCAUUCCUGCAACACACAAAAACCUAAUGAG